GUUCAUGAACCACCCAGCUCCAGCAAACAGCCGCUACAAACCCACUUGCUAUGAACAUGCUGCUAACUGUUACACACAUGCAUUCCUCAUUGUUCCUGCGAUUGUGGGCAGUGCCCUUCUCCACCGGCUUUCUGAUGAUCGAUGGGAAAAGAUAACAGCAUGGAUGUAUGGCAUGGGGCUCUGUGCGCUCUUCAUCGUCUCCACAGUAUUUCAUAUUGUUUCUUGGAAAAAGAGUCACUUAAGGACAAUGGAGCAUUGCUUUCACAUGUGUGACAGAAUGAUGAUCUAUGUCUUUAUUGCAGCAUCAUAUGCACCAUGGCUAAAUCUACGUGAGCUUGGACCUCUAGCAUCUCACAUGCGUUGGUUUAUCUGGCUUAUGGCUGCUGGAGGAACCAUUUAUGUAUUUCUCUACCAUGAAAAGUAUAAGAUCGUUGAACUCUUUUUCUAUUUAGCGAUGGGAUUUUCUCCUGCUCUGGUAGUGACAUCCAUG